AAUAGAAGAGGAGAUUAAAGCCAACAGAUCAUACAUACAUGUACAGAUAAAGAGUGCUUCCUUUGGUCGGCGAUGAGGUCUCUCGUCUUCUCCGAGUCUCUCUCUUUGACUCGCUUUUUGUCUCCCAUCAUCGCCGGCAGAUUUUUAUACUCCUGCAGGAUUUUCCUUCUCUUCUACUGAAGACAUUAGUACACAUUGUAAGUUUUCAAGUAGAUAACACAGGCACAGAAAAAGAAGAAAAGGAGAUAGCAACAAACAAACGAAAUCAGAGCAGGAAAGAAUAUCCAUUUCCGAAACAGAGCUGAAAAAAAGGAAAAAAAAUAAAAAAGACAAGAUGGGUUUCUGGACACUGUUUGAGGCGGCAUCUAUGCCAAUUUUACAAGUCCUGCUAAUCAGUAUAUUGGGAGCUUUCAUGGCUACUAAUUACUGUAAUCUUCUUACAACGGAUGCUCGAAGAUCCUUAAACAAGAUUGUGUUCAUGGUGUUUACACCUUCCCUUAUGUUUGCUAGUCUGGCAAAAACUGUGACACUCCAGGACAUCAUCUCAUGGUGGUUUAUGCCUGUUAAUAUUGGACUCACCUUCUUGAUUGGAGGGAUUCUUGGGUGGAUACUUGUUAAGCUUCUGAAACCUCAGCCUCAUCUUGAAGGGCUUGUUAUUGCUACAUGUUCAUCAGGAAACUUGGGAAAUCUUCUCCUGAUAAUUGUUCCUGCAAUCUGCACUGAGGAUGGAAGCCCAUUUGAUAAAGCCACUUGCAGCUCUCUUGGACUCUCAUAUGCUUCUUUUUCUAUGGCGCUUGGUGGUUUCUACAUCUGGACUUACACUUACCAUCUGAUACGGUCUUCAGCUGCGAAAUUGGAAGCAAUUGAAGCUGCUGAUGAGGUUUCAAAAGCACCUAACAAUGAUUUAGAAGCUAAUCAGGAAACUCACCUUCUCACGGGAGAAGGUCAAGAACAUGGAGCAAUAUCUGUGGAAUCAACCAAGUCCAUUGAUGGUGAUACAGAAACCCAAGCUAUUAUUUCCCAAGCACCACUCCAUGAACAAGGAAAAGAGGGAUCAUCCUGGAGUAGAUUUGUAGGGAUUCUUCAUCAGAUUGUGGAGGAGCUCUUGGCACCCCCCACAAUUGCUGCAAUAUUCGGAUUCAUCUUCGGAGCAGUGACAUUCCUGAGAAAGCUGAUAAUUGGUGACACUGCUCCCUUGCAUGUGAUCCAAGACUCAAUCACAUUACUUGGGGAAGGAACAAUUCCUUGUAUCACGCUCAUACUUGGAGGCAACCUCAUUCAAGGAUUAAAAUCAUCAAGAAUCAAGCCAUGGAUCAUAAUUGCUGUGAUUGUGGUUCGAUAUGGGAUACUUCCUGCAAUUGGACUUUGGGUUGUAAAAGCAGCUGGGAAACUUGGGUUCCUCUCAUCAGACCCUCUCUACUACUAUGUGCUGAUGAUUCAAUAUACCUUGCCACCUGCCAUGAAUAUUGGUACUAUGACUCAGCUUUUUAAUGUGGGUCAAGAAGAGUGUUCAGUCCUCUUCCUGUGGACAUACUUGGCUGCAGCCCUGGCUCUUACUGUCUGGUCAACAGUCUUCAUGUGGAUUUUGUCCUAAGCAAACCCAUAAAAAGAAAACCACUAUCAGCGUAGAACAAGCGAUUAUAUAAUAGAAAUAACCUUGAGAAUUCCAAAUUAAUUGGGAUUUUCUUUUUAAUUUUUGUUUCAUUUUAUUUCCUGCAUUAAUAAUAUUAUUGUUGACUUUUGGUGA